UAAACAAAUCAUAUUUUUAAAUAAUUUUAUAAGUGACCUUACUCUAAUAAUGAAACUAAAUAAAAAGAAAAGUUAAAACGAUCAUUAUGAAACCGUAUCGCCGGACAAAUAAAAUAUUCAUGCAGCAACUACGUACAGCAAGUAGAAUGGGCAGGGCCCGAUUGCUACUCCUGGAGUUCGCAAAAGACAUUCACUCCCUAUGGCGAUACGGAGCCGCUUUCCCUACCUUCCUGAAACUCAUCGGCUCGCUACUCCUCUGCCUGGUCGUCAUCAUGCCGCUGCUUUAUCCUCUAUUUAUCUUUGGAUUCACUUACAUCAUCUACGAAGGCUUAUUUCUAAGUUGGUGGUUGGACCAGCCCUGGCGGUUUCAGCCGAUGGCCAUAUUUCGCCGCGUGCUCUCCCUUGCCGCCCAGCCGUGCAGUCCCAUCGACACGUGGAAAGUCAGGGAUGUCCUUACUCGCGGAAUUCUUCUCGCUCACUCGCUUGCCACUUCUGUGGACUAUCUCUGCGUCAUGCAAGGGUUGCUGGAUGAGGCUUAAGAUGAGUGGAUGGGAAUCGAGAGAAAAAAGAAGUGUCACAAAACGGCAUUCGACCAGUACAGCGGCGUGAGUCGUCACUGCAAGACGACAACAUGGUGGCC